AUGAGUUCUCGUCCUCAGAAUAUCGGCAUCAAGGCCAUCGAGAUCUAUUUCCCAAGCCAGUAUGUCGACCAGACUGAGCUCGAGAAGUUCGACGGCGUUAGUGCCGGCAAAUAUACCAUUGGCCUUGGCCAGACUAAAAUGAGCUUUUGCGAUGAUCGCGAAGGUGAGACCCUUACUUGCAGCGUUUCCGUGCUCGGUGUCACAUGCUUGCAGAAGACGCGCGCUGACAUCUUGGCAGACAUCUACUCGCUAGCCCUGACCGUGGUGUCGCGGCUGUUGAAAAACUACAGCAUCGAUGUCCACUCGAUUGGCCGUCUCGAGGUCGGCACCGAGACGAUCCUCGACAAGUCUAAGUCGGUGAAGUCAGUCCUCAUGCAGCUGUUCGGUGACAACACCAACAUCUGCGGUGUUGAUACCAUGAACGCCUGCUAUGGUGGUACUAACGCCGUUUUGAACGCCAUUGACUGGGUCGAGUCCUCGGCCUGGGAUGGUCGCGACGCCAUUGUUGUUGCUGGUGACAUUGCCCUCUACGCCAAGGGCAAUGCCCGCCCGACUGGUGGUGCCGGUAUUGUCGCGAUGUUGAUCGGCCCUGACGCCCCUAUCGUCUUCGAGCCUGGUCUCCGUGGCUUCUUCAUGCAGCACGCUUAUGACUUCUACAAGCCGGAUCUCACAAGCGAGUACCCGUACGUCGAUGGUCACUUCUCCCUCACUUGCUACACCCGUGCCCUUGAUGCCGCCUACAAGGCUUACUGCCAGCGCGAGAAGCAGCUCGCCAACGGCCACGUCAAUGGCAACGGUGCGGUCGCGGCUGAGGAGACGAAGACCCCCAUUGAUCGUUUCGACUACCUCGCUUUCCAUGCGCCGAACUGUAAGCUCGUGGCCAAGUCGUACGGCCGCCUGCUGUACCACGACUACCUGGCGGACCCCGACAACAAGGCCUUCGCCGAGGUUCCCGCUGAGUAUCGCGAUAUGGACUACGAGAAGUCCCUAACCGACAAGACUCUUGAGAAGGUCUUCAUGGGCCUGACCAAGAAGCGCUUCCAGGAGCGCGUCAGCCCUGGCAUCCAGGUCGCUACUCUUUGCGGCAACAUGUAUUGCGGCAGCUUGUGGGGUGGCCUGGCCAGCUUGGUGGCCUUCGUGCCCCACGAGAACCUGCUCGGUAAGCGGAUAGGCAUGUUUAGCUAUGGCUCCGGCAUGGCGGCUGCCUUCUUCUCGCUGCGCAUCGUCGGCAGCGUCGAGCACAUUGCCAAGACUCUCGACCUCAAGGCUCGCCUGGAUGCGCGCCGCGCUGUGCCCCCCGAGACCUACGAUGCGAUGUGCGAGCUCCGGCACAAGGCCCACCUCAAGAAGAACUUCACCCCCGAGGGUGAUGUUUCUACCAUCGCCCCCGGCACGUACUACCUCGAGUACAUUGACGAUAUGUUCAGGCGCAAGUACGCCGUCAAGGCUUAA